AUUUUUUUAUUUCAUUUUUUCGCAAUGGAGUUUCCAGAGGCACAAGAUUUCGAAGCGUCCAAGUUGGGCACAAAGACAUACUGGGACACAGUUUAUGACCGAGAAAACAACAAUUUCGACGAGUUGGGUGAUAUUGGUGAAGUUUGGUUUGGUGAAGAAAGUGUAGAGCGUAUGGUCGAGUGGGUGACUGAACAUGUCCAAGAUCCCAACAGCCGUAUGGUUGAUCUCGGUUGUGGUAAUGGUCACUUACUUUUAGAACUCGCUCAAGAGGGAUACAAGCAAUUGCAUGGUAUUGACUAUUCUGAAUCAGCCAUCACACUAGCUAAAGCAGUAGCUCAGCAACGUGAGCGCGAAUGGAUUCAAUACGAUGCUGUUGACUUUAUUUCUAAUCCAGAAUGGUUUCUCCCUAAUGAACAGUAUGAUGUUGUGUUGGAUAAAGGCACAUUUGAUGCUAUUUCAUUGCACCCAGAUCAAUCACAAGCCAAGAAAGAAGGCGUUGCUGGUCCAAGAGAGAAAUAUGUAACUUCUGUUCAUCGCAUGUUGAAGCCAAAUGGACUGUUUUUGAUUACAAGCUGUAAUUGGACAAAGGAAGAAUUGAUUGAACAUUUCAAACAAGAUUUUGAAUAUCAUUCUCAUGUUAAAUAUCCUGUAUUUGAGUUUGGUGGACAAAGUGGAUCCAAGAUUUGUACUGUUGCUUUUUCACCUAAACAAUAAACACUAGAAUUCAAGAACAAAACAUGG